AUGGCAAGGAAAGUUUCGAUUUUUGCUUUGAUAUUUCUGAUUAUUGUUUUGCAAUUGUGUUCCUAUUUUAACCCAUGCUCAGCCUCUAAUGGCUAUAAUCACCGCAAAAGCAAAGAGUUCAUAAAAAAGUCUUGCAGGGCAACAAGCUACCCCAAGUUAUGCCUUAAAUCUCUAGCACGCCCUGCAAGCAAAAUCAAAGGCAACCCUGAGCUAUUAGCCAGUGCAGCUCUUAGUACAACCUUUUUUGCAGCCCAAACUACGUCAAGGCUGCUAAAAGAUACAUCGAGAAUCCAUAGCUUGAAACCCAAUGAAGUGGCAGCCAUGGUAGAUUGUAUUGCAGAUUUAAGUGAUUCAGUGCAGAAGUUGCAAAUGUCUACUAAGGUGAUGGACGAGGGCACCAAAAACAAUGACGUCGUCCGUGUUGAUGGUUCGGAUGAUGUUGUUCGGGUUCAAAUAAACGAUAUUCAGAUGUGGGUUAACAUGGCUUUGGAAGAAGAGGAGACUUGCAUGAUUGCAUUGGCUAAUAUGAAUGUAAAAGGUAGGGUGAAAAAAGGAAUUAGGAAACGCAUUGUUAAGGUUGCACAUUUGACAAGCAAUGCUUUGGACCUUGUUAAGAACUUUGCCCUGGCUCAUAAUAAAUGACGAAUUCACCUUAAUACCCUUUAGAAUUUACCGUAUUAGAAUAUUUGUCCAAUAAAAACCAAAUGAACCCAUAAUUCUUUGGUUUAUUUUUA